GGGCCUGGAAGGAACCUGAGCAUUUGAGCCAGUUUGGUUUGGCCACCUGGCAGAGAUCGACUCUAGAGGAGCGAUGGUGGUCAGGGCCUUCGUUUUGCUGGCCCUCUUUGCAGAAGCCUCGGCGAAAUCAUGCACUCCAAAUAAAGCAGAUGUCAUCCUUGUGUUUUGUUAUCCCAAGACCAUCAUCACUAAAAUCCCCGAGUGUCCCUAUGGAUGGGAAGUACACCAGCUGGCACUCGGGGGGCUGUGUUACAACGGGGUCCAUGAAGGUGGCUAUUACCAGUUUGUCAUCCCAGAUCUGUCACCUAAGAACAAGUCCUACUGUGGAACCCAGUCAGAGUACAAGCCCCCCAUCUACCACUUCUACAGCCACAUCGUGUCCAACGACAGCACAGUGAUCGUGAAGAACCAGCCCGUCAACUACUCCUUCUCCUGCACCUACCACUCCACCUACUUGGUGAACCAGGCUGCUUUUGACCAGAGAGUGGCCACUGUUCACGUCAAGAACGGGAGCAUGGGCACAUUUGAAAGCCAGUUGUCCCUCAACUUCUACACUAAUGCCAAGUUUUCCACCAAGAAAGAAGCUCCCUUCAUUCUGGAAACGUCUGAAAUCGGCUCAGAUCUGUUUGCAGGAGUAGAAGCCAAAGGCCUAAGCGUUCGGUUCAAAGUGGUCUUGAAUAGCUGCUGGGCCACCCCCUCGGCUGACUUCAUGUACCCCUUACAGUGGCAGCUCAUCAAUAAGGGCUGCCCCACCGAUGAGACAGUCCUUGUGCAUGAGAACGGCAAAGACCACAGGGCCACUUUCCAAUUCAAUGCCUUCCGGUUCCAGAACAUCCCCAAACUUUCCAAGGUUUGGUUACACUGUGAGACGUUCAUCUGCGACAGUGAGAAGCUCUCCUGCCCUGUGAACUGUGACAAACGGAAGCGCAUGCUACGUGACCAGACAGGAGGUGUCCUGGUUGUGGAGCUGUCCCUGAGGAGCAGGGCAUUUUCCGGUCUCUGUGACUUCUCAGAUGUUCUUCUUCACCUCCUCCUGAUGCUGGGGACCUGGGCUGUGUUGUAGGAGAUAGCUGGACAGCUGCAGCAGCUCUCUCCAAGGCCACCCUGAACUAUGACACGUUUGUUUAUUGUGCUGCCAAAAACGAACAGACAGAAGACUGCAUGGCUGGGGAGCUGGGAACAGCCCUUUGCCAAAUAUGUGUUCCCCCAUGAUGUUUGUGUGUGGAUGUGAAUUUGGUGAACCUCUGCCUCAGAGCCAUACUUCCACUUAUUCCUUCCUGUGGCCGUUAGAUCCUGAUAAUCGUCUCCAUGAAGCCAGGGAGGAGUCUUCUCUCCUCCGCUCAAAUUAGAGCAGUAUUUGGAAGCUACUUUCAUUAUAAAAGACUCACACACACUCAUCACAUGAGUUACUUAAACUUAACAUUUGGAGGCAGAGACAGACAAACACCAAAAAAAUCAAUGCCAAAUACAGAAUCCACAGGAAUAGCCAACUUUACCCAGCAGGCAAUCUGCCGUUGAGACAGUACAGUUCUAAGGACCAGCAUCGAGCCCCCAGGCAGGAAGCUCCAGUCUUCCAACCACGAUGUGGAAAUCCAAGUUAAAUACAAUAUAUUUACUCAAACUGCUGUAAUGGAUAAGAAGGGUAUUCUUGACAGCCGCUAGUACUAGUCUGCUUUUAUCAUAGGGUUUCUUAAAUAGAUAUAAUCAUUAGGGAGGUAUAGACGUCUUAUCCUUACAAGAGAUUCUAUUUCUUUAGUCACAAAUAAAUAGGAAAUAGACUAUGAACAAGUAAAACUCAUCUCCAUUUCACAGACGAGUGUGGCAUUGCCUCCGUGAACCGUAUUUGCACGGGAGUGGAAAGACUCUGGCCGAGCCGGUUCUCUGAGAGGUGAGAGCCGAGCCUUCCCUCACACCUGUGGUGCCCUGUGCAUUCAAUAGCCUGGUGUGUGCUCUUGGAAGUCUUCCUGUCAGGACAGUGGGAUGCGAACAUCCAAGCCCUGUUCCUUCUUGCUCACUUGUGACUGUGGGGACUGAACCAACCACUCAUCAGAAAUGUAAUGCACACACAGUCGAUGACAGCACAGGACAGCACACUCUCAGAACUGGCCACCCCUGUGACCCAGAGCAUGCCAAUGUCCGUA